GAAAAACAGUGAGUGAAAUAAAAAACUCCUUAAAGAGAUGAAUUUAGUUCAUUCAAGAAAGCAGCAGGUUGACACAGGUGGCCAGCGCACUUCUCAUUUCCGGUUCGUGCUCGACUUCACAGAUGCCCGCGAAUAACUCUGGGACCAGCAAAAGGAAUCCGUUUGAAAAUCUGGGAAACACUGCGCACGUUCAAACUCAUCUAGCAAGAGAGAAAUUUGUCUCCUGAAACUUUGCUCCGACUUGAACCGAUGGUUAUCAGCUACAGCUACAGGCGCCAAAAUUUUAAUUUCGUAUUUAGGAUAAAACUGACCCUUUCGAAGGAGUAGCUAAAUCAGUUAACAAAAUUGUUUUGGUGUCAUGACAACAGAUUUACUGGUACAAAUACAUUCGAAAUCCAAUUUUAAAAGAAAUCUCAUGAUUUUUUCAUGUAAAGAAAGAUAACCACAAAUCAUCCUUUGAUGUUUAUUUGAUAUUUUUUAUAGUAUUACUUUUUUAUACCUCGAGAGUUUCUUUUUUUGGAUCAAUAUCAGUAUCUGGGCAACUGCCCAACUACCCAACUACCCCUCCCCGAACCUAACAUUAACCUUAACUGUUGUUGGGUUCGGGGAGGGGAAGGUGGGCAGUUGCUCAGGUACUGACAUUGAUCCCUACUUUUAAAGGAGUUGACCUGCCUUGAGUUACGGCAAAGAAAUUUAAUUUGUUCCGUUUCAGAGUUAGAAAGGCGACAUUGAAUUAUCAAAUUGUAUUAAGCUACUCUAACUUCUCAGUCUUCUAUAAAACGACCUGUCAUUGACACCUGUUGCAAGCUAAUAGAUUUGCCCGACGAACCAUUGACCGCAAAAUCGAAAACAAUUAUUUAAAAAAUCUGGGUACAAACACUGUUAUUGACCGUUGUGGUUUCAUGGCGGUCUCCCGACUCUGUCCCCUCGCUUUGGCGUUUAGCGUGGCUUUGAUCAUUGCUGUUUCGACAGUUUACACUUUCAUCAAUGGAUAUAGCGAAGACUUUAGUUUGGUGUUUAAAUUCAAGCGAAACCAAGAACCGUCCGUUAGACAAUCAACUCUUGACAAGGGAAUGCCUUUCCCGCAUAACAACAUUCGCCUACCAAAACAAGUUCUUCCACUAUCCUACCGCAUUUAUAUCCAUCCAAAUUUAACAACGUUCAAGUUUACAGGCACAGUUAACAUCUUACUUCGAUGCUUUCAACCAACGAAGAACUUAAUAUUACACAUGCGCGAUCUCAGCGUUGGAGAAAUACAACUCACAGAUUCAAAACAAAAACGUUUAACGAUUGUAAGACGAAUACAGCACAAGGAAAAUCAACAAUAUUUGAUUGCCACAAAUGAGGAGCUCAAAGAAAAAGAAAGAUAUUCACUUAAUAUGGAAUUCAGUGGAGUUCUAUCUAAAAACAUGGAGGGAUUUUAUCGAAGUAGCUACAAGACGAAAAGCGGACAAGUCAGAUACCUAGCCACAACUCAGUUCGAGGCUACAAACGCUCGCUCGGCAUUUCCAUGUUUCGACGAGCCCGCAUUUAAAGCGGUUUUCCACAUCACUGUAGCACAUGACGAUAAUCACAAAGCUUUGUCCAACAUGCCUCUAGAGUCGAGUGACAGAAGACAUGAUGGUCUUGUGGAGAGCCGUUUCAGUGCAAGCGUUCCUAUGCCAACGUAUCUGGUGGCGUUUAUCGUGUGUGACUUUGAGUAUAGAGAGUCAAAAACUAAGAGUGACAGAAAGGUAGGAUAAUUGACCUGGAGUUAAAUUUCACGGUGUAAGGCUCCACAAGUAAGACUUCCAGGUCACAACUUAACUAAUUACGAGGGCUUUCCAUUCGUCAGAAGAGGCCGAUUGGACCGUUACGUCCAUAAAUGGAAAGGGACAGUUCUGACAACUGACGUAAUUGAGUGGAACCAGUGACUUUUCAAGCUUCUUUGCUGGCGGACUAACCGCAAGAUGUAAUGAAGCUCUGAAUGUCCAUUAACAAAGACGAUUGUACAAAACAUUACCAAACCUCAGGUAUAGAUAGUUCGUUUAAUUUGGCAAGACUUAGAAAGCACCCUUAGUAUCGUUAGAGGAAAGAUUGUCAAGGAUAUCCUAUGAACUUCUUUUCUUAAUUGUGAAUACUCCGUCCACUUUUUUGCACCAGAAUAUUUCAGCUAUCAAUCUCGAUUGUAAAACUGCCAUCUUAUAUUAUUCGGCGGAUGAGGUUUAGAUAUAGUCAAAAUAAUGCAUUCAAGAAUACAAAUCACUUCAAUUAAGCAGUGGAAAUUACGAUUAUCCUGAAAAAUUCCUGAAUACAGCUUCUAACAAUCGCUAUAUCCUUUAAUUACCACCACAAUUAGCCUGUGUUAAAAUUGAACAGUCUCGAGACAUCUUUUUUUCUGAAUUAAUCUCAUGAAUAUUGGAACACAUUUUAGAAUGAAGAAGGACAUCGAAACCCUUUCUUUUGAAACAACAGGAGAAACAUCUAAUCGACAUCUAAGUAAAUCACGUACUGUGAAAGAGCUCAAAUCUCGUGAAAAGCUUGGUGACUUAACAAAAAAAAGCGGGGGAUAAGUAAAAUUCUAAGUUGCCUGCAAGCAUUUAAUCCUCAUUAACUCCGAAUGCUAAAUCAGAGAACUCGUUGGUGAUACACAAGGUUUAAAUUUGAUGCUUGUGAUAUUUUCUAGAUAAGGGUGUGGUCUAAGCCUGAUGCUAUACACAGUGUGGACUUUGCUCUCGAUGUUGCCAAGCGCACGUUGGAAUAUUACGAAGAUUUCUUCAAGGUUCCGUAUCCACUUCCUAAGUUAGGUAGGUUAAAGACUGAGAAGUAUUACAAUUGGUCCUUCCUC